AUGGAACCUUCAGUAUCACCAUCAACUGGCACUGGGCUGCCUGGUCUUGGUCUAUCGAUGACACCUUUCUCUAUACCUGAAUCUUCAGUGUCGAUGAAGUCAACUGUAUCUGCAAAUGAAACAGGAAUUGAGGAAAGAAUUCAAGAAGAGGAAGAAGAAAUGAAAAGACUGGGAGAAAAGGGAGAAACGACAUAUAUGGAAGCUUCAGUAUCACCAUCAGCUGGCACUGGGCUGCCUGGUCUUGGUCUAUCGAUGACACCCUUCUCUAUACCUGAAUCUUCAGUGUCGAUGAAGUCAACUGUAUCUGCAAAUGAAACAGGCAUUGAAGGAAGAAUUCAAGAAGAGGAAGAAGAACAGGAAUACAAAAAAUUGGGCGAAAAAGGAGAAACGACAUAUAUGGAAGCUUCAGUAUCACCAUCAGCUGGCACUGGGCUGCCUGGUCUUGGUCUAUCGAUGACACCCUUCUCUAUACCUGAAUCUUCAGUGUCGAUGAAGUCAACUGUAUCUGCAAAUGAAACAGGCAUUGAAGGAAGAAUUCAAGAAGAGGAAGAAGAACAGGAAUACAAAAAAUUGGGCGAAAAAGGAGAAACGACAUAUAUGGAAGCUUCAGUAUCACCAUCAGCUGGCACUGGGCUGCCUGGUCUUGGUCUAUCGAUGACACCCUUCUCUAUACCUGAAUCUUCAGUGUCGAUGAAGUCAACUGUAUCUGCAAAUGAAACAGGAAUUGAGGAAAGAAUUCAAGAAGAGGAAGAAGAAAUGAAAAGACUGGGAGAAAAGGGAGAAACGACAUAUAUGGAAGCUUCAGUAUCACCAUCAGCUGGCACUGGGCUGCCUGGUCUUGGUCUAUCGAUGACACCUUUCUCUAUACCUGAAUCUUCAGUGUCGAUGAAGUCAACUGUAUCUGCAAAUGAAACAGGCAUUGAAGGAAGAAUUCAAGAAGAGGAAGAAGAGGAGGAAUACAAAAAAUUGGGCGAAAAGGGAGAAACGACAUAUAUGGAAGCUUCAGUAUCACCAUCAGCUGGCACUGGGCUGCCUGGUCUUGGUCUAUCGAUGACACCCUUCUCUAUACCUGAAUCUUCAGUGUCGAUGAAGUCAACUGUAUCUGCAAAUGAAACAGGAAUUGAAGGAAGGAUUCAAGAAGAGGAAGAAGAGGAGGAAUACAAAAAAUUGGGGAAAAGGAGAAACGACGAUAUAUGGAAGCUUCAGUAUCACCAUCAGCUGGCACUGGGCUGCCUGGUCUUGGUCUAUCGAUGA